AUUUCUUUUCUGAAAAAAAUCAUGCUUUUUAAAGCUCACCCAUAUAAUUCCCACUCAUUAUCUUUGUUGCUUAAAGCUCUUGCCCUCCCAGCUCUCCCUUAUCCCCCCACUCUCUCUCUCUCUCUCUCUCCUAAACCCCAUCAAUUUCAAAGCAAAUUCCUCUCCUUACACCAAGAAAUAAAACAAAAUAACUAAACACACACAUAUCCUCCCCUAAAUAUAGUCACUGAUGAGAAAGACCCACCACACAGAUUAAACUACAAACUCACUGAUCACAACCUCUCUCAUAAAAAAAAAAACGAUCACAAACACACACACAAUCAUACGAACACAGCAACACACACACACACUCAUGCGAUCAUGGAGGGAGGCGAUGACUUCCACCACCAUCACCACCGCCAGAACUUCCCAUUCCAGCUCCUCGAGAAGAAAGAAGACCAAGAAGCAGCGUCAUGCUCCACCUCCUCCCCAUACCCUUCUCUAGCAAUCUCCGCAGAACCAACCACAUCCAAUUCAACCCGAUCCAACCAGCUCGUGCCGGUGCCGCCAGCCGAACCUGCCAUCAAAAAGCCACCGCCCAAACGAACCUCCACCAAGGACCGCCACACCAAGGUCGACGGCCGUGGCCGCCGCAUCCGAAUGCCGGCGCUCUGCGCCGCCCGAGUCUUCCAACUCACCCGCGAACUCGGACACAAGUCCGACGGCGAAACCAUCGAGUGGCUCCUCCAACAGGCAGAGCCCGCCGUCAUCGCCGCCACGGGCACGGGAACCAUCCCCGCGAACUUCACCUCCCUCAACAUCUCCCUCCGAAGCUCUGGGUCCUCCAUGUCCGUGCCAUCUCAGCUACGAUCCUCCUACUUCAACCCCAACUUCUCCGUUCAACAACGCAGAACCUUGUUCCCGGGAAUCGGCUUGUCCUCGGAGAGCAACACCAACACCUCCACCACUCUCCUCAAUUUCCAAUCCAACAACCUCACCGCCACCAUGUUGCAGGCCAAGCAAGAACUCCGCGACGGUGCUCCCUCUUCCUCCACGUUGGAUUUGUCGGAGACAAGCGCCGAAGAAGGUUUGGGAAGAAAAAGAAGACCCGUGGAACAAGACUUGUCCUCCACGCAGCAUCAAAUGGGUAGUUAUCUGCUGCAGUCGAGUGCAGGGGCUAUUCCGACGUGUCACGCUCAGAUUCCGGCGAAUAUAUGGAUGGUAGCAAAUUCCUCUAAUAACCAAGUUAUGAGCGGUGAUCCUAUAUGGACCUUCCCACAGGUUAAUAAUAGUGCUUUGUAUAGAGGCACAGUUUCUAGUGGGUUGCAUUUUAUGAACUUUCCCACCCCCAUGGCGUUGUUGCCUAGUCAGCAACUUGGGUCUUCUGGGAUUGGUGGUGUUGGGGGAAGUAGUGGAGUUGGAAAUAUCAAUAUGAAUGAAGGGCAUUUGAGUAUGCUUGCUGGGCUUAGCCCUUAUCGUCCUGUUAUAGGAGUUUCCGAGUCUCAGGCAAGUGGGUCACAAUCACAUCGUGGUGGUGGAAGUGAUGAUCGACAUGAUAGUACCAGUCACCACUCUUAGAGGAUCCAUCAUCACCAUAACUUCUUAUUCUUCUUCUUCCUCUUGUGUAGUAGUUUGAUGAUGAUGUGUUUAACACACGUGAGGUUUGGUUGAUCUUCGAAAUUGAGUUUUAUUUAUUCCCAAAAUUAAUUUUUUCGUGUGAUUAAUAUUUUGGAGGGGAGGGGGAUCCGAGAGAAGGGAAGAGGGUUUUUUAGGGUUUGGGAGAUGACACUAUUGGGUAUUUGGCUGCCUGCUUCUCUUUUUUUUUUUGGUAAAAAAAUGUCUUCUUUGAGUUAUUAUUUCACUACACGAUAUCUUAUCAUCAUUGUUUGUGCAAUUUUCUUUCUUUUAUUUUCAAGUUUUUUCCUCCUCAUAUAUAUAGUCUUUUAAUUGCUUUGUAAUUUUAUGCUUUUUAUGUUAAAGAGAAGAAAACGACUCACUUCCAUUCCAUGAGCUCCGCUAAGUUUCCUACCUAACAGGCAUUUGGGUUUUUAUUUAUUUAUAUUUUUCUUCAUCUCUCUCUCUCUCUCUCUCUCUCUCUCUCUUUCUGGGCCACUGAGCUCGUGUGGUAAAAGGGAUGAAACAGUGUUACCGCAAGACUAAUGUAAAAUAUAGUGGUGGUAUUAAAUUUACAUUGCUUUUUGAUCAUUCUGAUUCUAAAUCUCUGCCAUGAAUCUCGAGGUUUACUGCAUCAAUGAU